GACGACGACGACAGCUGAAACGACCCAGAGGCCCUUUGACCGAUUCUCAUUCGCACUUGCACCUUAAUUACUUCAACAAACUGGAUAUUCGCACUUCUCAACGACCUUGUCUAAAGGGUUGGUGACAAUCGAUCCAAUAAACUGGACCAGUUAUUGUUGCCGUGGACAUGGUUCAACGCCGUUCACCACAUAGAGUCUCGUUUCCUCCGAAUAGCAAUAAUCUGGCGCGUAGACAGUACUCGCUCCGCCAUACCUCCGCUGCCAAACGCGCUCUUGCUUUCGUGAAUAGAUUCCAGCGUUCCUCGGCUAAUUCCCACACGGUGGGCGCGUCCCCACCGUCAUCUUCAGACACUACUGUUGAUUCGCGUCCCAUACUGGCUACAUUACAGCCCAAUUUGCGACGGCUGCCAUCCCGUCAGUAUCUUUUGAUGAAAAAUACCAUUCGAGAUGUGAGUCAAAAUCUUGACGUUCCUAUUGGUUCAAAAAGGAAACGCGUCGCGUCGGUUAAUGAAAACAUGUCUGGAUGUCGGCCCCCGCGUGGGGCUCCAAAACUGAAGAAGCUCAAAGCUUCAUCGAUCCGGGACUCAUCCAGCGAAGAACCUAGUGACAUGGAAAUUGAUGUUCCUGGUCGCUGGAAUGUGUCUGACGCUUCUGAGAUUGACUGCGAUGAAGAAGCAUCGGAUGAGUUUCUGAUCAAUGAAGCAUCCUUGGGCCAGCUCAAACGUCGUCGAAAAGACGAACUUCUUCAGUUGUACACUGCAGCGGGUCUAUCAGACGAUGCGCACAACCUCACAAAGCUGGAGCUCGCAGAAGCAAUUAUUGCAGCGCGAGAUGAUAUCGUAUCAUUACCUCCCUCAUCUCCUGGGCGGGAUGCGAGCGACUGCUCCUCAGACGAGGGAAACGCAGCAGGCGGCGAGGAAACGGACGCUGGAACCAGAUAUCGAGUUCCCCCGGGUCUGCGGCGUCGUGCUACAGUUCACUUGGCUACAAAUCAGGCGAAUUUGCGCUUCUUGAAAACACGUAGCUUAUCCGUUGGCCAUAUCAACGCAAGUCACUCAUGUCCUGACGAGCUACCAGUUGCAUGUAAGACUAAUGGUGCUGUCGCCCUGACACGACGGACAACUAGGUCUACAUCCAGCCGAUCUUCGCCUACACCAAGUUCUUCCAAUCAACUCCCAUCCCCUCCUGCUACGAGGUUGCGUGCUCGUAAAGUAUCCGCUGAGGUUGUCGUUCCCCGUGCCUCUACUAGGAGCAAGGGCAAGGGCAAACAAGUCGAAUUCAGCGAAGAUGUCAAGAUCGCUGAAUCUGCUGCAUUGGGCGAGGAGAGCGAGCUCACCGAUCUCACUGAGCUGGAUGAGAAGAUUGCAUCGGGCUCACCCAGUCCUCGUCGGCUGCGAAGUCAGGAGAAACGUGGUGGAAUUAGCGAUGAUCAGGAAUCUGAUACGCCAAAGCAACGGGGAAGAUCUAGACGGCAGACUUCGAGAGGGGAGGAGGUAGAAGAUAGUUUAGAGGACGAGGAAGAGGUCGAUGAACUUAUCUCAUCUCCAUCUCCUACUCCGCCACCCAUGCGAUGUCGAGCAACCCCCGCGAAAAGACGUCUUCGCUCACGCAGACUACAAACACAUACUCCCCCAAGCGACGGAGGGGAAGGUGAUGAUGAAGAGGAAGCUGAUGAGGAACAAGUCGAAGAGGGCGUGGAGGAGGAUGGCUCGAGCAUGGAUGAUGACGAGCAGUCAGAGCAGUCAGAGGAUAGUCGAGAUGCGGACGGAGAUGAUGAUGUAUAUGUGGAGGAAUGUACGUCACCUCCGCCAACAACUACUCCACGGAAGCUCCGCAACGGGAAGGUGGUUGGGGAGGAAUGCCAAGAGGAUACGCCUGGUGAAGACGAGGAGCAAGAUGGUAACGAGUCAGUUGACCUAGAGGCUGAGGAUAUUGACAUCGACGCUGAGGGGGAUGAGGAGGAGACAGAGGAGAUCGAGGAGAUUGAUGAAGCUAUAGACGGAGAUGACUUCGAUCUCGCUGUGGCCACCAAGAAGACCCUUCUCCGUAUGCGUCGUGAUAACCUUGUCCGGAUGUGCGAGACUCGGGAUCUGGAUGUUGCUGGUACGAAGCCUCAACUCGCACGGUCGCUCCUUCAGUGGCGAGAUCAACGAACAAGCGAGUUCUCUUCGCCAUCCUCCACAGGCACCAUUCGUCCACCGUCAACCGCUCACCAUCGUGCUAAUGGCCGGAGAAAGGCCAAGAGCCGCAGCCAAAGCAAUACACCUCCGGUCCUCUUACGCUCCCAUCGAAUUCAUCAAGACGCACCACGCACUCCUUUCUCAGGCGAGAACACGAGUCAGCCAGAGCCAGAGCUAGAAUUGGAUCUUGAAAGCCUAGGUUUAGAAGAUCGAGAAAUUCCGCCUGACAAACUCACAAAACUGGAGAAGAUUGGAAGUGGGGGCUUCAAGGACGUAUUCAUCGGCAAGUUCAAGGGUAGACGGGUCGCCAUCGCGGAAUUUCGAGAUCAGCUCAAUUCAAUGGAUAUCAAAGAACUCAAACUUCUCGGUGGUUUUGAUCAUCCGAAUAUAGUCCGCUUCCUUGGCGUCAGCAUACCGGAGAACACACGCGAGACACCCGUCAUGAUAGUAAGCGAACUUUGCUCAAAUGGCGAUCUCUUCGACUACAUUCGCAAUGUUCCUGCUCCGUCCCUGAAAAAAUUGAGCAUCAUGCUGGAUGUUGCGCGUGGCAUGGAAUACCUUCAUAUGCGCAAGCCUUCGGUCAUCCACAGAGACUGCAAAUCGUCCAACAUCCUCAUUACUUCUCGCGGUACGGCUAAGAUUGCAGACUUUGGUCUGGCCAAAGUGAAGCAGUCCACGCGGUCCAUGGUUCGCAGUCUAGUCGGCACUGUUAACUGGCAAGCUCCCGAGCUUUGGCAUGCACAUCCCAAAUACAACCACAAAGUCGAUGUCUUUUCGUGCGCCAUGGUGUACUGGGAAAUGUUUCAAUGGCAUGUACCCAACAAGAAGUUCCCCUGGGAGGGAAUGAAUGAGCAUGCCAUUUACGAUAUCGUUGGAACGAAACGGCAGAGACCGUCUAUUACAGGCCUGCGGAAACAAUGGUGUCCAGAAAUUAUUGACCUCCUCGAGCGGAUGUGGGCUCAUGAUCCUAAUGAUCGCCCAACUAUGUCUGAAGUCGUCAAAGAGUUGGAACGCAUUGCCGUUUGAGAUCUCUGGGGCUCUCAAGCGGAGUCAAAUCUUUUAUUCAAUUAUUGUCGGUC